UUUUCGGCGAAGCGAAACGGCGCAAAUUCGCCCAUCACUACUGCACACCCUACUUUUAGCUUGCCUUUUAUCUGUUUGUGAAAUAGCUAUACUGCAUAUAUUUUCUUUGCUAUUCAUAUUACAUUAAUUUGUUUGUUUGCUUUCUGUGCCAAACGGAAGAGCACUGCAAUACUCUAGAACCAAUGUUUCCUAUAAUGGCACUUGGACUAACCAUAAAACAUACUUGUAGUACAUACUGUAGAUACAAAAGUGGAUAUUGUGAUAUAUCAUUGAAAGAGAUUAUUCAUUUUAUAUGAUAUGGUAAUAUAAGGUGCAAUGUAUUUAGAAUUCUUAAUAUAUUUGUUUAUAGGAAUAGACCAUUCUCACAAUAUGUUGAAUUAUGAUCCGUGGCCAAGUUCCCAUCAAUGUUUGUCCAAACCUAAACUUUGCACUGUCUAUAUACUGCUCCUACUUGUCUCAUUCACCGUCGUAUCUGCCCAAAGCAGAUCUUUUAAUCAUCAGAUUGACAACAGAAGUCCUGAGAUAGAUCCGUACUGGUAUGUGGGUCGCGGUGUUCGCCCAAUAGGUCGAUUUGGAAAACGUCAGCUAAAAUUUAGGAAGACAUUUGAGCCUCGAUUAAAAUUUCUCUUGGAGCAGACCCUGGAGAUCAUGAAGAAACACGGAGUACUUAAUAUAGAGAAUAUACAUUCUUGGUGAUGUUUGUUUACCUUCAUUGUUAAAUGAACAAAUAUAUAUUUAUAAAGUGAUAAAUAUAUAUUUUGAAGUGAGACUUCCUGUAAUAUUGACAGUCCAGUAUUUUUGUUUGCUAUAAACUGCACA